UAAUCCCAAAUGAACCAAUAAACCGACUACGUUCAACCUGGUAUACAGAACUCGAGAAUGGCGAGCGCUGGUGGUGGCAAAGUCUCCUUCAAAGUCACUCUCACCUCCGACCCUAAGCUCCCUUUCAAAGUGUUUAGCGUGCCAGAAGCAGCCCCCUUCACGGCUGUUCUGAAGUUUGCGGCGGAGGAAUUCAAAGUGCCUCCUCAGACCAGCGCGAUCAUCACCAACGAUGGUGUUGGAAUCAAUCCUCAGCAAAGUGCAGGCAAUGUCUUCCUCAAACAUGGCUCAGAACUGCGCUUGAUCCCCCGUGAUAGGGUUGGAGCUUUUGGGUAUUGAAAAAUGAAAACUGUAUAUCAUCCUACUGAGGAGUUCAUCCAUCAGAGAGCAAAUAAAAGUGACUGAAGAGACUUUUUUCUGCCUUUUCUGAUUAUAGUGGGUCCAGUAGUGUGGUAUCUAUUUCAUAUAACGACUUUUUUUUUGGUUCUUUUCAUUUUCCUCCCAUUAUAACUCGUGUAAGUGAUAUCAUGAGCUUUAUAAUACCGCGGUAAAAGGUGGCUAGACCAAGAAAAAGAGAUAAUUAUGAGUAUGUUAUUAAACGGGUAGUAUUGCUGGGUUA